GAUGGUCUAAGAACAAUGAGAACCACAAUGUUCUCUCCAGAGCACGGAGAUCGUCCCAAUGUCACCAACAUUGCUGUGGUCAUCACAGAUGGUCAGUCUAACACCAACAGUGAAAGGACAAUCCCAGAGGCUGAGGCUGCCAAAGCCCAAGGCAUUCAGAUCUAUGCUAUUGGUGUUGGCGCAGGCAUUACUGAAGAAUUAAAUAAGAUCGCAAGCACGCCCGUUGAUGAUUUUAGAUUUGAAGUUGAAAAUUAUUCUUUACUCAAAAGUCUGAGAGAAAAACUGUUUAGCGCCAUAUGUUUGUACGUGACAGAAGCCCCAACACCUGCACCUACAACACCUAAACCAGUUGUGAUCAAACGUGUGAACACCAGGUUUGAUCUAGUGUUUGUACUUGAUGCCACUUCCAGUGUGUCCAAAUCUAACUUUGAUCUGAUGAAAAAAUUCAUCAAAGAUUUCAUCUAUGAAGACGAUAUUUACAAUGAAAAUGUUAGAAUUGGUGUUGUCACAAGCAGUAACAGUCAUAUCCAGUUCCAUCUUGACAAGCACAUAACUAAGCAUGACGUCAUCAAUGACACAGACGCCAUAGCCUAUCCACCAAAUGACAACACCAACACAGCAGAUGCCAUUAGAACAAUGAGGACAGAGAUGUUCACUGAAUCAAAUGGGGAUCGUUUAGAAGUUGAUAACAUCGCCAUAGUACUGACAACUGGUGUUUCCAACAGUCAAAACAUUCAGGCAGAAUCUGAUGCGGCUAGAACACAGGCCAUUCAUAUCUUUGUUGUUGGCAUUGGUCUAAGGGACACCACACAGUUGGAUGUUAUCGCCAAUAAACCAGUUGACCAAAAUAGAUUUACUGUCAAUGAUUUUACAGAUCUUGAGGACCUCAAGGAGAAUGUUUUUUCUGCUGUGUUUAAAACUGUCAAGGAAAAACGAAGUGAAAGAAAAGAUUGUCCACCAGAACCUGCUGCCGUGGUACUGGACGUCUGGACCAAACCAUCUGGUGAGGGCUAUUUCGUCUGCUCACUGUCAGAGUUUCUACCAGAAGGUGUGGACAUCUUGUUUACAUUGUACGUAGAGGGAGAAGUUGAACAUCUCAACAAGAAGAUUAAUUCAUCAGUAAAAGAGGGACUUAUUCCAUUUACUGACGUCAAUCGAGCUUUGUAUAACAAAAGGAUUUACUUUUCGGCUGUGGUACAAAAUGUGACAAGUGGAUCAAAGAAUUGUCACGAAGAAAGCAGCAAUGUUAUCACUCCAUCCAUCAUGUGUCCACAACAAACUACCUUAAGAUUAGUUGAAGGUCAAGCUCCUGUAAAUCUGGUUUUUAAAUUGACUGCACCACCAGAACUUUACUGUACUGUUAGACCAGGAAGUCCGUGUGAUGUGGAGGUCGUCAUAGAGAUUCUUCCAGGCAGUGAUGAACUCAAUUGUUCUAACACUGAAAUCAUACCUCAAGUUGUAUUUGAAACUAAAAGCUGUGGCCAGAAAUUUUCUCAUGAUGAUUGGAAGGAUGGAAUCAUUAUUCCCGUGAAGGCAACAAUAGACAGAAUCAUAGAUGGGGACAGAUAUUUAACCAUACAAAGCUACAUUAAAUUCAGUGGUGAUCUAAUCCCCCAGGAGAGUUGUGUUGAUAUACAAGCCACUGUUGUUGAUAAGGACAGAACUUAUAUCUGCUAUUCUGUCAAUGAUCCACAUAUUUCAACUUUUGAUAAAAAUUACUAUGACAACCACCUAUCAGGUGACUUCAUCCUCUACAAACACAAGACACUUCCAUAUCAGGUUCAGGUAAAUUUCGGCCCAUGUUCAGCAUCACCAGUUGCCACUUGCAACUGUAAAACUGCGAUACAGUCAGGGGAUGAUGUCAUUGUAUUUAAUUCUUGCGAUGUCAGACAAAACCAUCUACGGUCAGAUGCUGCAGCUCUGGAUGUCCAGAUUAUUCGCAAUGGGGAGUUGACUCCUGGAACUAAGAUAAAACAACUUGGUGGAGGUCAACAGUAUGAUGUUCUUCUACCAACAGGAACUGUUGUGUCUGUUAUGCCUAGCAUGUACACUUUCAUGAACAUUUUUAUUACAGCAUCACCAUCUGACUUUAAUGAGACAGAAGGUCUAUGUGGCAAUUUUAAUGGUAGAACAGAUGAUGAUAUGGGCAAUUUGGAUGAAGACACAUUUAACUCACAUUGGAGAGCUAGUACAACUAUCUACUGUGGUGUGCCAGCACAACAAGAUCCUGAACCAGCAACAUACAGUAGCUGUACUCAAGGCUUUACACCCAUCUCUAAGCCUGGAUUGGAUGUUUCUAGAUGCUCAUCUGAUAAUAAUGAUAUAACAAGUGCUCUUAAGCUUCAAUCCAAGACUAGCAACAGUUGUACCCCAGAAGCUUCUAGGAAAAAAAGACAAGUUGCUAACUCUUCUGUUUGGAGCAAAAGUGCAGUUAACUACACAUUAGAAGAGGCUGAAAGAAACUGUUCAGAUUACUUGAAGAAUAGUAGGACAGUCAAAGCCUGCACAAAUCAACUUUCAGAUGACAGAGUUAAGGAGAGUGUCACCAACUGUGCUUAUGAUCUGGUGAGCACAGGACUGUUUGAUUGGGCUGUGUCACAUGUAAGCAACCUGGCAGAGGAGUGUAUCACACGAGCUGAACAAAACCAAAGUUCAUGGACAGGUGAAGGUGACACACCUGGUGAACCUGUACUUCCUCAAGCCAUUGUCACCCAGCUGUGUGUCAGGGACUGUGGGGAUAACGGACAAUGUCACAACUCUUAUUGCAGAUGUAAGGACGGCUACUUUGGUGAAAGUUGCCAGUUUGGACCCAACACUGUGCCACUCAUUUUUGGAGCAGAGAAAACUUGUAAUAUUCAAGAAUCUUCUUGUGAAACAGUCAGGAUAGAUGGGGAUUUUUUCACAUCUUCUGAUAAUCUUGCUUGCCAUAUAAACUUUGCUGCGGUGGACACACGUGCAAGAAAAACAGAGAGCAGUGCUGUAGUGAGAGCAGAGUACAUCAGCAUGUACCAAGUUGGAUGUACACUCCCUACACGACGCAGCGCCUACAUCACCGUCACAAACGAUGGCGUCCGUCAGAGCGAAAAUGUUUACCUUCAUGUUGUCCACAACUCCAGCUGUCAGACGUGUGUCAUCAAUGAUAACAAAACUGAUGUUGACUGUCAAAUAAUUACAAAUGUGUGUGUGAUAGAAGGACAAUGUUACUUACAACAACAAGAAGACAACGGGGACUCAUGUAAUUUCUGUGAUCCUAACAGUAGUAACAUUGUGUGGACUAGGAAAACUUCAUGUGAUGAGGGCUUGUCUCAAGGGGCCAUUAUCGCUAUUAGCGUUGUUUGUGCUGUUGUCGGGCUGGUUCUCAUCCUGGUCAUCACCAUAGUGAUCUGUAAGAAAAAGAGAGGAGGGCUAUCAGUAUAGAAUGCUUACCAAUCAAAUUUCUAAAAUACUACAAUCUAAAUUGUGUACUGGAGUGUAACAGUUGGAACUAAUAUCAAAAUUAUUUUCCUUUUAUUGAUUCUAUUUGGAUUUGAAUUUUUGUAAUUUUUUUUAUAAAUAAUCACAGUAUAUUCAACAUCUAUAAUAAAUAUAAUG